AUGGAAUUUCCCAACCCUCACAUCGUCCCCCCUCAAAUCUCACACACCCACACGGCCAUUCUGCUCCAUGGCAGGGGAAGCAAUGGUCCCGAGUUCGCAGAAGAGCUUUUCUCUUCAGUGACAUCCAGAAAGCAAAACCUGGCCUCUUGCCUUCCCACCUGGCGUUGGGUUUUUCCAACCUCGCGAGAUAGAUGGAGCACCACAUUCCAGGAAGAAGAAUGCUCCUGGUUCGAUGCAUACUCCUUGACUGAUAUACAUGCACGACAAGACCUACAAAUCGACGGCCUGAGAGAGUCUAUUUCGCACGUUUUAGAUUUACUGGAAAAUGAGAUCAGACUACUCGGCGGACAAUCGAACCGUGUUUACCUUGGAGGAAUCAGCCAAGGAAUGGCAACGGCUUUGUGGGCAUUGUUUUGUGCUACGCGUCGGGUACACAGUCAGCUUGGGGGUUUUGUGGGUUUCUGUGGCUGGUUUCCAUUCGCCCGGCAGGUGGAAGAGUUGGAGACAGCCAACAGUUCCAGUACGUCUGGUGAGAAAACUGAGAUCCAGCAGUGUCAGUUGUUGGAUUUUUUCCACGAUACAAUCGCCUAUCCCAAAACCUCGCCAGCGGAUGUGGUGAACAAUGCAUCAAUUCUGUCGACACCUGUGUUUCUGAGCCACGGAACGGAUGAUCCGUGGGUCUCUGUAGAACUGGGUCGACAGGCAUUUCGCGUCGUGCGGCAGAUUAUGGACCAUGUUGAGUGGAGCGAGUUCAUGGGAGCGGAGGGAGACGGUCACUGGAUCAAGGAGCCGGAGGGAUUUGAUCGUGUUUUGCAGUUUUUUGAGAAAUGCACCCAAAGUUAA